AUGCCUACCACGAAUGAGCAAGAUGAACGCAUGAGGAAAUUCAAAAACAAAGGCAAAGAUUUUGCAGAAAUAAGGAGGAGAAAAAUUGAGGUGAGAGUUGAACUUCGCAAAGCAAGGAAAGACGAACAGAUCUUGAAGCGAAGGAACAUCUGUUUUUCUGCAGAAGGCAGCCUGUCUCCUGAGAAAGAAGAGAAGAACAUGGUUGCUCAGCUCUCUUUGACAGAAAUAGUCGGGGUGAUCCAAUCGGAGGAUCCAUUUCUUCAGCUGAAGGCGGCACAAGGAGUCAGGAAGUUGCUGUCCAAGCAGAAGAAUCCACCAAUCAACCAAGUGAUUGAAUCUGGGGUCAUUCCUAAACUGGUGGAGUUCCUGUAUCAUCAUGAUGCUCCCAACCUGCAGUUCGAGGCUGCCUGGGCACUCACCAACAUUGCUUCAGGGACCUCUGAGCAAACCAAAGCUGUGGUAGAAGCCAACGGCAUUCAGGGCUUGGUUAUUCUGUUGUCUUCUCCACACAUCCACAUCUGCGAGCAGUCGGUGUGGGCACUAGGCAACAUUGCGGGGGACGGCCCUGUGUACCGAGAUGCCUUGAUCAGCUUCCGUGUGAUUCCGCCUCUUCUGUCACUGGUGACACCUGCUACUCCUGUGGGCUUCCUGCGGAAUAUCACCUGGACACUGUCCAACCUCUGCAGAAACAAAAACCCACACCCUCCCCUGGAUGCUGUGAAGCAGGUGCUCCCCACCCUAACUUGCCUCCUGCAACACAAAGAUAAAGACAUCCUCUCUGACACCUGCUGGGCGAUGUCCUACUUGACUGAUGGUGCCAAUGAUCGCAUCCAGGUGGUGGUAGAGACGGGGGUCCUGCCACGGCUUGUAGAGCUUAUGAGCAACACAGAGUUGCCCAUUCUGACCCCAGCUCUACGUGCUAUAGGCAAUGUAGUCACCGGGACAGAUGAACAGACCCAGAUGGCCAUUGAUGCAGGCGUCUUGUCAGUCCUACCACAGCUCCUGCGUCAUCCGAAGUCAACAGUCCAGAAGGAGGCGGCGUGGGUUCUAAGCAACAUUGCUGCUGGGCCAUGCAGUCAAAUUCAGCAGCUGAUCACCUGCGGGUUACUCCCUCCCCUGGUGGAGUUGCUGGCCAAGGGAGACUUCAAGGCUCAGAAGGAAGGUGUUUGGGCUGUGGCCAAUUUCACAACGGGAGGCACGGUGGAGCAAGUGGUGGAGAUGAUCCAGGCGGGAGUACUCAAGCCGCUGCUCAAUUUGUUGUCCGUCAAGGAUAGUACCACCAUCCUUGUAGUCUUGGACAGUCUCUCCAACUUCUUCCUGUCAGCUGAGAAGUUGGGUGAGACAGAAAAGUUGUGCCUUCUAGUUGAGGAGCUGGAGGGUGUAGAGAAGAUUGAAGUUCUCCAGGCUCACGAGAACAACUUGGUCUAUCGCGCUGCUCUGGGCCUCAUUGAGAAAUAUUUUUCUGGUGAGGAAGCUGAAGAGGUAAAUCUCGAAGUGGAAGAGAAAAAAACUCUGCCUUUUGUGGCCAAACAGCAGGACUUUUACAACUUCUGA